AUGCCUGGGAGCGACAUCAAAAAGGGAGAACUUCUCCUAGAUUCUGGAUGCACACUUGGUUCGGCGGAAAUUGGUGUUCUUGCUGGAAGCGGAAAACGUUCAGUAUUGAUGUACAGAAGGCCCAAGGUCUGCGUCAUGUCGACAGGCAAUGAGUUAGCAGAGUGUACGGCAGAGGAUGUUCCCGCUGGUCACAUUCGUGAUACAAACCGCCCUCAGUUGAUUGCACUGCGUGAAUGUAUCGUGGAGGCCAUGAAAGUAUCAUUCCGCUAUGCCCACGUGCUUGUGACAUCUGGAGGUGUGAGCAUGGGUGAAAGGAUAAAUGAAGGAUGCUGA